AUGAAAAAGCGGGAGCAGGCCCGGUUGCAGGGCCUCGGACGCACAGUCGUAAUAGAUGUUGGCAGCGGGAUUUGCAAAGCUGGAAUUGCCGGCGAGGAGGAGCCAAGCUGCAGAUUCCCCUCGAUCAUUGGCAGACCGAAGCAAGCCAACGUCAUGCAAGGCUCUGGCGAGCAAGAGCACUACAUAGGAGAGGAAGCUCAAGCGAAGCGUGGCAUCCUCAAGAUAUCGUAUCCCGUUGAACAUGGUAUAGUGCAGGACUGGGAGGACAUGGAGCUCAUUUGGAGACAUACCUUCUUCAAUGAGCUGCGGGUUCAACCAACGGAGCAAGCCGUAUUGCUGGCCGAAGCUGCGCUGAACCCCAAGGCCAAUCGCGAACGGAUGACGCAGAUCAUGUUUGAGGUCUUCUACGUACCUGCCUUGUACAUAACGACUCAGGCGGUGCUCGCCAUGUAUUCGUCUGGCAGAACAACAGGGAUUGUCUGCGACAGUGGAGAUGGCGUCACGCAUGUGGUGCCUGUGUACGAGGGCUUCCUCCUGCCGCAUGCCGUCUCUCGCGCUGACUUGGCGGGCAGGGACUUGACAGAGUACUUAAUGAAGCUGGUGGUUGAGUCAGGCACGUCGCUUUCUACCACUGCCGAGCGGGAGAUUGCACGUGACAUGAAGGAGAAGUGCUGCUACGUCGCGGACAACUUUGUUGAAGAGCUGAAAAAGGCAGAGGCUACAAAUGCGUGUGCCUCCACUCACGAGUUGCCCGAUGGUAACGUCAUUCGAUUAAACUCUGAACGCUUCAAGUGCCCCGAGGCCUUGUUCAAUCCAGAGCUGGUUGGCCGGCCUGAAACAGAGGGCGUCCACGCCCAGAUAUACAACGCGAUAACGAGGUGCGACCUGGACAUUCGAAAGGAGCUGUUUGCAAAUGUGGUUGUGUCAGGUGGAAGUACCUGCUUUCCAGGCUUUGGCAGACGGCUUCAAGCCGAACUCGCGAAGCUGAUACCCAGCACCGUUAGAAUACGUGUGCUGGCACCGGACGACCGCCGAUUUUCAGUGUUCAUCGGAGGUGCAAUGCUCGCUGAUUUGGAUCUGUUCACAGACAUGUGCGUUGACCGUACUGAGUAUCUGGAAGACGGGCCGGCGAUUGUGCAUAAAAAGUGCAUCUGA